CACUGCAGGUCUACGGUGUGAUUUGUUUUCCUUGGCUCCCUUUUCGUCAUCGAAACGACGCUGCCAUUUUGAAGCAGCAGCAUCCACAGUAAGCUUCUCUGUUCUCUCUCUUCCUCUGUUUUCAACACAGUUCACAGAAAAUCCACACAUACCCAGAUAUCAAAACUGCAUCUUACUCAUCUGCUCCUUGUUUCUGAACGCCUUCUCACUCUUCCUUCAUUGCCCUCAAUUCCAAAACCAAAAAUUAACGAUGAUGGGUAUGUUUCAUAGGUACAUAAAUUCUCUGAAAAACCUUUCCUUUUCAUCACGCACCCUCCCUUAUUGUCACAUCUUCAGAAACAAUGUUCUGCCACAAAUUGAAACCACUCUUCAACUAACAAGGUUUUCACCCUUUCAUUACUCUGCUCAUUACCAAAGGCCAUCGCUAUCUGAUAAUAAUAUUUCUUGUGUGCACUUGAUUCAAUAUUCAUUGCCCUUGAACUAUUAUUAUAUUGCUUGUCAUAUUUCUAACCGCCAUUAUUGUUCAGAAACUGUUUCCAUGAACCAAGAUCUUAGUUGUAGUGAGAGUGGUCUUGUAGAGGGUAAUGGUUUUGAAAGUGAUGUUGAUAAGGUGUAUAGCACUGUGAUGGAUAAUUUAGCUGAAUUUAACAAUAUGGAGAAAGCUCUUGGCCAAUUGGGGAUCCCAUUGUCCACCCCUUUGGUUACUGGGGUGCUGCAUAGGCUUAGAUAUGAUGAAAAAAUUGCACUCAGGUUUUUCACUUGGGCUGGUCAUCAAGAGGAUUAUUCACAUGAGCCUUGUGCUUAUAAUGAUAUGAUGGACAUCUUAUCUAGUACUAGGUACAAGGUGAAACAGUUUCGGAUAGUUUGUGAUGUGUUGGAAUAUAUGAAGAGGAAUAACAAGACUACGGUUCCGGUUGAAGUUCUUUUGGUGAUUUUGAGAAAGUAUACUGAGAAGUAUCUUACUCAUGUGCAGAAGUUUGCAAGGAAGAGGAGGAUAAGGGUGAAGACGCAACCGGAAAUAAAUGCAUUUAACUUGCUGCUGGAUGCACUGUGCAAGUGUUGCUUGGUUGAGGAUGCUGAAACUCUGUAUAAGAAAAUGAGGAAAACUGUCAAGCCUAAUGCGGAAACAUAUAAUAUAUUCGUUUUUGGGUGGUGUAGGGUUAGAAACCCGACUAGAGGGAUGAAAUUACUGGAAGAAAUGGUUGAACUGGGUCAUAGGCCUGACAAUUUUGCGUACAACACUGCCAUUGAUACAUACUGCAAAGCAGGUAUGGUAACAGAGGCUGUAGAUCUUUUUGAGUUCAUGAGAACAAAAGGUUCAUCUAUAUCUUCUCCCACUGCCAAGACUUAUGCAAUUAUAAUUGUGGCUCUUGCCCAACAUGAUAGAAUGGAGGAGUGUUUUAAACUUAUAGGGCAUAUGAUUAGCAGUGGCUGUCUUCCUGAUGUCACAACAUACAAGGAAAUAAUUGAGGGAAUGUGUGUGUGUGGAAAGAUAGAUGAAGCUUAUAAGUUCUUGGAAGAGAUGGGAAACAAAAGUUACCGACCAGAUAUUGUUACUUAUAAUUGUUUUCUCAAGGUUCUUUGUGACAAUAAGAAGUCUGAGGAUGCCCUUAAACUCUAUGGAAGAAUGAUUGAAUUGAAUUGCAUUCCUAGUGUCCAGACAUACAAUAUGCUGAUUUCAAUGUUUUUUGAGAUUGAUGAUCCUGAUGGGGCAUUUGAAACUUGGCAGGAAAUGGACAACAGGGGUUGCAGACCGGACAUUGACACAUACAGUGUGAUGAUCGAUGGGCUAUUUAACUGCAAUAAAGUGGAAGAUGCCUGUUUUCUUUUGGAAGAAGUGAUAAACAAGGGAAUAAAAUUGCCAUAUAAAAAGUUCGACUCCUUUUUGAUGCAACUGUCAGUGAUUGGCGAUCUCCAGGCCAUUCAUAGGGUUUCAGAACAUAUGAGAAAAUUCUAUAAUCAUGGUAUGGCAAGGCGUUAUGCACUAAGCCAGAAGCGUAAGAGCAUGAGUUUAAGAGGGAAAUAAUAGUGUUAGAAGUUUCUUUGUUGAGUUUAAGAGGGAAAUCAUGGUAUGACACAUAGUUUCUGGAAGCAUGGCAGGUUUCAGUAUUAGCUAUUUCAGAUACUGCUGUCAAACUUGCCCUGCAUUACAUAUUGGACUACUUCAUGAUGAUAACAAGUUGCAUCUUUAAGCAUGUUCUAUUGGUCAUGCCGUUUGCUGCCAAUAAUUUUUGCAUGAAAAAAAUUUGAUGCAGCCUAAAGGUGGGAAGAUUCUUGUAUCUAUUUUAUGGUUGCAUGUGAGUAUGUGACUAUGAGAGGACAGAGGUUGCAAAGAUUUGCUUGAUGGUAAAGUUUGUUAUCUGGUCAAGAAUCUGUUAAUUAUUUCAGCACAGAAGUAAUACAGUUUAUAAGAUGUUAUCUUGCAUUUUUUGGGGGGCCAUAGUUUACUUUGGCUUUUUCAAGUGUCGAACUGUAUCACAGUUGUAAGGAAUGUAUCUUCACUUCAAUAAUGAUGCCAUAUACUUUUUCUCUUCUAAAUUUUUGGAACAUUCUAUAUUCCUGUUUCUUUUGAUGUUUCUUUCAGUUAGGAGGCUUUGUUUUGUUGGAGAUCCAGUGGUGGAAAGAUGGAGUUUCUUAAAACAUGUCAGGCCAGUGCCUUAAUAUAUGAUUAAGAUCAUUCUCUGUGAAUGUUUUCUCUAUUUUACAAACCAUUCACGAAGUUAUGUUUAUAUAUUAGAAUGCAUUAUGAAUUUAUGAUUCA